AUUGAAUCCAUUUUUACGUGAGAGAAUGGUGACAGGGGAGAGUCGCAAGACUUGUCAAAAGCCAGCUUUUGGUUUUAUUUCAUUUGCUGCACUACACAUAUCAAGUGGUAGUCACCGCUUACCCGGGUCCUUAUUAAACCUAAUACAUCGUACAAAGCGGCAACUGGUGUAUUCCUCUUACCCUACCACGACACAUCUGUUGUUUGAUAGUAACUGCUACAAGGGAAGGUACAGGAGAACCAAUAUUGUACGUUGUUGCCACAAUACUAGUGGGUCUCCUCCUUUUAUUGAAUGGUCAACCUUGAGCUAUCAACAACGUUGUCACAACGCUGUAGAUGGGAAGGCAGUGAAUAACGUCACCUUUUUUCUACCUUGUUUUAUUCUACUAUCUGAAAGUGUAUGUAUUGCUUUUUUGUUAAAGCGGAAACUGGUUGCUUUAUACUAUUUGGCAACAGUUCAAAUAAUCUGUUCCUCAGUUGGACUUUAUUUCAGAACCAAAGUGCCUCAAAGAGUGGAUGAAUUCGAGAACAUAUUAAAAGCGUCUACUACGAACAGUCGUAAAAUAGAAGUAUUGGAGCCUAUAUUGUCAGCCUCUCAAACUGCAAAACAAUCGAUGUCAUUUAUUACCAACAGCGCAUUAGAAUGGUUACGAGAGGGGCCAACAAACUCACAUGUGAGACAAAUAAAUGAUGAUAGUGAUGACGGAGGAUUCACGGAGAACUUGAAUUCUUCCAUUUAUGCAUCUAGUAGAGAGGAGUGGGAGAGUGAAGAAGAAAUCUUGGGAGAAGAAGAUGUAUCAGUUGACUCUUUCGUUGAGAAUCCUUCCAAUCAGCCAACAGUUGUUCGGAAAGAAGGCAGCAUGUAUUCUAUGGUUUUUUCUUCUACCCAAUCAGCUCCUCAAACCGGAAUGGACACCAAUCAGUGGAAUUCCAAUAUUCCUCAAGAUACGGAAACAGAGAACCAAAGUUCCAAGCAAGCUGUAGCAGCACCAGUUGUCAGUGAUGAGGAUAUUUCUAUAUCGCCACCCAAUUUGUUGCAUUCUUUUGCCACCGUUUUUAGCCUAUUCUUCUCAUUGUUCCGUUAUAUGAUAGCAAUUGUUCAGGUUUUAAUCAUGAUACUAAGAGACAUGUGGUUUAGAUUCAAUCCACAAUACAAAACAAGAACGUCAUUCUAUCCAGCAGUCGUAUCUAAUAAGGAGACGAUUUUUUCGUUCAACAGGAGUUGGUCCAAAGUGACUAGACAGUUUGGGUAUUUUCCUGGAGACGAAUACGCUGAUAUUCAAUCUUCUGAUAAUGUUGCAAAUGGCAUGGAUCAUGCAUCUGUGAAGAAGUCGUUGACGUCACUUGUUCAAGAUAUUUGGAAGGGUUGGAAGCAUAACAAUAUGCAGUUUGUUUUUUGGAAAAAUGUUUCAGAACCAUUUCAAGAUUCGAAACGAGAAUAAUUUUUGGUCACCUUGUUAUCUCGAAGGUCAUUUAUGGCAAAUAU